CAUGUGGCUGCUGCUGUGCUGGAAGGAAGGCAGUCUUUUGCUGGCUAUAUUUGUAUAUAUGUAUGAAAAAGUUGCUAACAUAAAAGAUACUUCAGACUUCCCUAUGCUGUCUAUUGAUAUGGAAAACAAAGAAAAUGGAUCUCUGGACACUGAAAACUUGGUAGAGAAUGGAAGACCUCCUGAUCCUGCUGACUGGGCAGUUACAGAUGUGGUGAAUUAUUUUAGAACAGUGGGCUUUGAAGAACAAGCUAAUGCUUUUCAAGAGCAGGAAAUCGAUGGGAAAUCUUUACUGUUGAUGACGAGGAAUGAUGUGCUGACUGGACUUUCAUUAAAAUUGGGACCUGCACUGAAGAUAUAUGAAUAUCACAUCAAGCCUCUACAGACACAGCAUCUCAAAAACAACUCCCUAUAGCAUAUUAUCACAUUGGGGCCUUAUUGUGUUUCCAGUGUUCAUUAAAAAUAAGUAACUUGAUUUCAUGUUAAUGAAACUUUGUAAAAAGAAUAUAUGUGUACAUAAAAGAAUUUAAAUCAAAUGGCACUGAUAUAUAGAUAUAUAUUUGUAUAUAUCCUAUUGGAUAGCUUUAGGAAUAUGCCAUAUGGUUAUUGUUAAACUACUGGAGAGCGUGACAUUUCUCACUGUUGAGGUACAUGGCCAUCUAAAUAUUCUUUUUCAUCUACUCUUCUGAGGUGAAAGAAAUAUCAAAAAGGAACUUUGAUGAAAACUAGACAGAUAUAGACUUUUUAGUCCUGAGUAAAACAUGAGGAUACUAUCCACUGUGAAGUUCUCCUGCACAACUUUCUUGGAAAUAACCUAAAGCUGUAUAAGACUGCACUGAUGAGCUAGUCAGUGUAACUCCCAUUAUUUCAAUGGAACUUAUGCCAGAUAAUUUUUCAAUGGAUUGUUCCUAGUCAAAUCCUAAACAGAUUAAUACCCUUCUAAGUCCACUAUCUUCAAUUGAUUUCAGAAGAGUGUAACUCUAAUUGCACUAUAGCUUAGUGCAUGGAGGAUAGGUAAGCAAAAGUUGAUCCUGGUUUUGGAGCUUUUACUUGAAGUCUCAGCUCUUUUGCAACAUUAGCAAGAGUUUCUGAAUUUGCCAAAAUCACCUCUUUUUCAGAGGGCUCCUAUUUUUGACCUUAAGGUUUGUUAAUUGUAUAUUCUAAUGUGCAUAUAAAUGACCUAAACCCUUUGAGAGCAGGAAAGGCUGCUCACUGGCCGAUUACCCAUGCCCACUUCUCCCCCCCCCCCCUUGCCCCACUCUGGUGAAAAAGUCACACCAGAAGUGCUCUCUCUUCCACAAGGAACGUGAGAAGCACAGGUGGGACAAGAGGAAGCACACCAGGACAAGAAAUCUUGCCCCAACCAGCUUCCUCUCUUGGUGAGCAACAGGGAAGACAAGUUUUCUUGCCCCAGUGUGCUCCGGCUGCCAGCGUAUGGCGGCUGCCCCAUAGGUAACCGGCCACUGUGUUUCUAGUUUGUGCUACUGUUCUUCAGAUUUUAAAGUAGAGUUUGUAAAGAUUUGUGUUGCUUUGUUUGUUUUAUUCGUGUUCUAAUUUAUAACUUAUUUAAUAGCAGUUUUGCUGGGGAAAUUGUAAAAAAUGCAAAUCUCUUCAUAUUUUAAAUGGUGUUUUGUGGUACUGUAACAAACUUAUUUUACUAUGAGAAAGCUGUUUUAUGAGUAUAUAUCUCUGUUGAAGGGUCCUCCAGUUAAUUGGAGACCUGAUAUAUCAACAAAGCUGUUUCUUGUGUUUUGGUUCAAUUUAGUUCUGAGUUUUCGUUUCUUUUGAAAGUUUGAUUCUUUGCGGCCUUUCUCUGUUUAGUCCAAUAUUUUAGACAUGAGAAAUAUUUUGGCAGGGUUGUCAGCUUUGUUCUAUCAAGGCUCCUGUCCCUUUAAGAAUUAUAUGAGUGGAAGGUGGAGAUGUUUCUUUCACUGUGGCUGCAGGUUGAGAGAAGCUUCCAUGUUGGAGAAAUGCCCUUCAGGAUGUUUUCUGUUCAGGCUGUCUUUAAAAGCCAGAGCGCCUUCAGGUAAUAAAGGUGACAACCCUGCUUUUGGACACAUCUCACAGAUUUCCCAACCACUUUGACUAGUGGAAUUUCAAAGCAUUAACAUUAAAAAUAUUUGGAACAGUG